GACCGGUUCCUGCUUUGCUUUGCUUUACCUUUAUAUAAAAAGAGGUGAACACCGCGCUGAACAAGAAGAAGAGAGAGAAAAUAACUCCAGUAGUUUCAGACAAUCUUUGAGCUGUCGCGCUCCUGAGGAAUGGCAAUGCGAAAGGGCCGGAAGAAGAGCCAGCUGCCCGAGUGUUACUAUGAGGGUUACCUGGAGAAAAUGUCCUUCAGGGAUCAGACCUCUCAGAAACUGUGGACCUGCCUUUGUGGAAACACUCUGUUUUUCUUCAGUGACAAAAGAGACUCUGAUUAUUUAGACAAAGUUGACCUCACAGCGCUGAUCUCAGUGGAAGAUGACGACAACCCAGACAACGAAACUUAUUCGACCAGAUUCACCGUUCAGCUGCGGAGUGGAAGCCUCAAAUUCAUUGCUUCAAGCACAGAAGCUCGAGAGCUUUGGAAAGGAUUCAUUCUUUCUGUGGGUCAGCUGUCAGUGCCCUCCUCCCUCAACCUGCUCCCAGGUCAGAUCCACAUGAUGGGAGACGCAGUUCACAAGGAACAGGAGAGGCAGGCUGACAUCAGUCCAUCUGCUGCCACCGACUGCACUCCUCCUAACACCAUCCAAUCAGACAUGCCUUCUUGUUUCUUCGAGGUGCCUCGACUCGAAGCCGAACUUCUGCUGGAGAGAGAAGCCAGCAAAGGAAACCUGUUGAUGAGACCUGGAAGAAGCUUGAACUCUUACGCCAUCACCAUAAGAAUGGAGUCUACCGGAGCUAUAUUCAAACAUUACCGUGUGCUUUGUGAUGAAAACGAGGGUUUCUAUAUUGCCCUGGCAGAACCUGUCUUUGGUAAAACGCUGCAGGAUCUUGUCGACCACUUUGUGAAAAUUAAUAAAGAUUCUUUUAAACCCCUGGUCAUCGAGGCACAUUACGAUGACAAGAUAUGUUUUAUUUCAUCUGAUAAAGAAAGUGGAGAGAGGACUCUGCAACCUUUGUUAGCAUCCCCAGCAGCUGCGCCUCACAAACAUGUUGAUGAAAAAUUGACAACUACUGAAGCUGAAGCAGGUGGAGAACAAAAAUCAUCUCUGGCUGAUAUGGAGUACGAUGAAAAGGAGAGCAGGGAUUCUUCAGCUGUUGCAUCAUCAUCAGUGGCGCCCCCAAGGAGGAUCCUGAUGCCUCCAUCUCCUUUUCCACGCAAAGGUAGCGUUGCCUCCCCGGCCAACAACCAGGGAGAUUCCAGGAAAUUAAGGAACACAGAGGAACAGAGGCGGCUUCUUAUGCCAGCGAUAUCUGAGCUAAAACUCAAGUUGGGACAGAAGCUAAAGCUUCAGGAUUAAUGCGGAGCGACAGAACCAGGCUGUGUUCCCAUGCCUCACUGCACAACGAGCAGCUCCUCCUCCUGCUCAAUAAGCUGUCUCAGAAGACUUACAUUUUAUUGAUUCUCCUCUCUUGAACAUCAUUAACAAAGGAAAUUGCUGUGAAAACAGGUGUAAAUGUCUUAUAUCCUCUUGCUUGUUUUGCACAUUUGCUGCUGAGCUUCCUCUCAUCAGAUCGUUUUAAAAUGUUCUGAAUAAUUUACAUAUUUUCACUGCAUCAUGUGAUAUUUAAGACUGCAAAAUGUAUUACUUUUAUGUACACUGUGAACACAAAGCUGGACUUUAUUUAACCACAUGUGCAAUAUACAGGUAAUUACAGUAAAUCUGUCGCAUUGUAACAAGUUGAAUGAAGCAACUUCUAGUAUGUGCUAUGAAGCUAUUUGAAGAUUGGUUUAGUAUUUAUUUACAGAAUACAUUUGUAAAUACAUUUUUUUUUAUUAAUUUUACACUUUCAAGCCUUUACAGUUCUGUUUUUGUAUUUUAUUUUGAAAAAAACUCCUAAGAAGUAAGUGUUUCACGUUUUUAUUACUGAUACAUUAUUGUGGAAAACUAUUUACAAUAAACUGAUAUUUUUA